CACAAGCAGCACAGUGAGAGUGUUCCCCUAAAAAAAGCAGAGUGAGAGAGGGAGAAGAGAAAGGGGAGAAGAAACCCUGGCCGACGACGGAGGAGGCGAUGCCGGCGGAAGGGACGCGGAUGGCGCGGCUGUGGGAGCGCGAGGUCGGCCGCCUCCCGCCCAAGCGCUUCGCCGACGCCUUCAUGGCCUCCGAGGACUUUGUGCAUUCCCUGGGUAUCCAGAAAAGGCUGCGCAACCACAAGGGUGCCGUGAACAGCAUAUGCUUCAACACUAGCGGGAGCCUGCUCCUGUCUUCUUCAGACGAUGAGACUGCCGUGCUGUGGAACUUGGAAGAGCCAGCAUCGGCACUGAAGUUCCACACCGGGCAUGGUAACGAUGUGCUGGACGCGCGGUUCAUGCCCUUAUCGGAUGAUCAGAGCAUCAUCACGUGCGGCGCUGAUGCCGAGGUGAGGCGUUCACGUAUACAAGAAGGGGGUUGUGUGUCUACUGAUAAGCUUGCUGACCUGAGGUACAUGGUGACCCAGUUGGCUGUUCAGCCGGGAAGUCAUACAUUCUUUAGCUGUGUGGAGGAUGGCUCUGUUUGGCAUUUUGACCUGAGAGAAAAACGCCCCAGGAAGCUCUUCAAAUGUGGUGCAGUUAGAAGCUUUGAUUACUUAUCAGGUGACACCAUGCAACUCUAUGCUAUUGCCCUGGACCCGAGAUAUCCCUCUUGUUUUGCAGUUUCCGGAGAUGAUGAGUAUGUACGGUUAUAUGAUGCCCGUAAGAUUGAUCUGGAAAGGUCUAAAUUUGGUAUCCCAUUUGAGCAAUUCUGCCCUCCAGAUUUGAUUUGUAAUAAGAGAGAUGGAAUCGCCGGUUUGGCUUUCUCACAGACCGGCGAGCUAUUAGCAUCCUAUCGUCAUGACAACAUCUACCUUUUUUCGAGAGAGCAUGGGUUACACUUCAACGAUUUUGGUGGCAUUGCCGUGGAGAAGUUGCCUGUACCUCGGACCUUCAAGGGCCACGAGAACAAGCAUGCCAUUAAAGGUGUUAGCUUCCUUGGUCCCAAUUGUGACUAUGUUACCUCUGGAUCAGACUGUGGCAAUAUAUUUAUUUGGAGAAAGAAGGACGGGGAGCUUAUACGAGUGAUGAAAGGAGAUAAACGGAUUGUGAACUGUGUUAAACAACAUCCUACUGAGAUUGUUGUUGCGAGUUGUGGCAUUGAUGCAGAUGUCAAGAUUUGGGCACCCGGUGAUAAUGAGAACCCCUCCACUGCUCGCUUUGAUGAGGUUGAUUCAAAUCCGUCUCUUGUCCGUAGCACAGGCAGUGAUUCCGAUUGCUCUGCUUACGUGUUAUCUGCGCGCUUUGAUUCGUCGUCGUCGUCGUCUGAUGAUGAUGAUGAUGAUGAUGAUGAUGAUUAUGAUGAUGAUGAUGAUGAGGAGGAGGAGGAGGAGGAAUAUGAUGAUUACUUUGACGAUGAUGAUGAGACGGAUGGAGACGAAGAUCAGAAAGAUGACGAGUGGAGGUACAUGACAGCAAGUCAGCAAAAUAUGUAUGGCCAGUUUACCAGCCCGGCAGAUAGAACUGUCCAGUGAAGCAGUAUUUAUCCACUGAGCAGAAGAACCAAGGUUUGAUGGGUUAAAUGUCUUGCUGAAAUCAAAUUUUGUCUCGGCUGAAGGCUGGGUCGUUACCGGUCCUUGGCCGGCGAUAUUGAAUAUACAAAUGAUGAAUGAUGAAUGAUGCUGUUAUUGUAGCGAGGAUGGAGGCUAUGUCAGGCUACUGUUUGAAGAGUUGUUCCUAGUUUCCUGGGAUAGUUGGACACAAGCCUUCAAACUUAGGAAAGCUUGUGUGCUUAGUUAUUAGGAUGUGUGUAGUUCUCUUGUGUGUUUCCUUGUCACUCUUUCAGCACAUGUACAUAUUAUUUUAAUGCAGUUAAUCUUCCUGA